AUGAGGCAUUUAUGGUGCCGGCUUACUUCUCAAUUUCUCUUGCGGCGUUCUGAAUCUAUCCGGCAGACCCAAAAUCAUGCUUUCCGGUGUCCCUUGGUCAAUCAAACGGAAAACCAUGUCUCAAAACCUCCAGUUUUGGGCUUUAAAUUCGCCAACUUCACAACCUCAGCCCAGGAAUUAACCCCGCCGCCUGUAGCACCAGAGAGUGUGUCUCUUCUGGUCGACGAAUUGUCCGAGUUGACAUUGAUGGACGUCAUGGAUUUGAACGAUGUUUUGAAGCAGAAAUUUGGCAUCCCGGAUAUGCCGACGAUGGCGGUGAUGAUGCCGGGAAUGAAGCUUGGUGGUGCCCCAGGAGUAAAGGGCGGAGGGCCGGCUGCCAAGGUAGAAGAGAAGGCUGAGAAGACGGCGUUUGAUUUGAAGCUGGAAGGUGGAUUCGAUGCGGGGGCGAAGCUCAAGAUUAUUAAGGAAGUGAGGACGUGCACGGCAUUGGGUCUGAAGGAAGCUAAGGAAUUGGUGGAGAAGGCUCCCACUUUGUUGAAGAAGGGAGUAACCAAGGAGGAGGCGGAGAAAAUUAUCGAGAAGAUGAAGGAGGCUGGGGCCAAAGUCACCAUGGAGAGGGAUGAGUGUGAACUCUUGAUUGACAAGCUUGAAGAAAAAUUAGUUGAUCCUCCUGAGCGGGGCGGGGAGAAAAGCAAAGCCGGCAAGGGACCUCCCAUCAUCUCUGAUUGGUGCUUACACUUUUUGCGGGUUUCGCAUCGUUCUCCUAAAUUUCUGGCCAAAGUUCUCCCUUUCAAAGAUUCCAACUUUAAAUGUGUUUAUUAUUAUUGGCAUGAAAGAGACGCUGCCGCCCCAGGAUUAAAGAUCGGAACUCGUUCCCUUGGAAAGCAGAUGUCGGCCUUCAAGUCGGCGUUAGACUGGCAAUGGGAGAACGCCACUGCCGGAGCUCUCGCCGGUCUUGCUACCGUCACCUUUUCUCAUCCCUUGGACGUUGUCCGCACCAGAUUCCAAGUGCACGAUGGCAGAAUUUCGAACCUCCCCAGCUAUAAAAGUACUCCGCAUGCUCUCUUCACCAUUGCCCGCUCCGAGGGACUUAGAGGCCUUUAUGCAGGCUUUUAUCCUGCCGUUCUCGGCUCAACUAUUUCAUGGGGUUUGUAUUUCUUCUUUUAUAGCAAAGCCAAGCAGAGGUACUUGGAAACCAGAGAAGAGCUGAGCCCUGGUCUACAUCUUGCUUCAGCUGCUGAAGCAGGAGGUUUGGUUUGUUUCUGCACGAACCCAGUUUGGCUGGUGAAAACAAGAAUGCAACUUCAGACUCCUCAACAUCAGAUUCGUCCAUAUUCUGGAUUUCAUGAUGCUAUAUUCACCAUCCUAAAAGAAGAAGGAUGGAGGACACUUUACAAAGGACUUGUUCCUGGCCUAUUUCUUCAGGUUACUCAUGGAGCUAUUCAGUUCACUGCAUACGAGGAGCUUCGUAAAGCUUUUAUAGAACGCAGGUCUGAAGAAAGUGGAGGCAACAGUGACGACUCAUUGGAUUCAGUUGAUUAUGCGGUAUUAGGAGCCUCUUCCAAACUGGCUGCCAUAUUCACAACAUACCCUUUUCAGGUCAUUCGCUCUAGAUUGCAGCAACGGCCUAGUUCAGAUGGAGCUCCCAGAUACAAGAAUAGCUGGCAUGUUCUAAAGGAAACUGCAAGAUACGAAGGCCUACGAGGAUUCUACAAGGGUGUCACUCCAAAUGUCCUGAAAAAUGUUCCAGCUUCUUCAAUAACAUUUAUUGUCUAUGAAAACGUCCUAAACAUGCUAAAGUUGGCAAAAUACAGAGAUCAAUAG